AUGUCUCUCAUUUGGCUGACACUGUUGUUCACAGAGAAGCCAAAGAGGUCAGCUCUGAACCAGCUGACCAGGACCCUCCUCAGGAAAUAUGACUGCGGAGUCCGACCUGUUCACAACUGGACCAGUCUCACCACCGUCUACAUAGACCUCAUAUUACAGUCUGUCCUUGACGUGGAUGGAAACACCCAGAGCAUAACUAUAAGUAUUUGGUACAGGCAGAUCUGGACAGAUGAGUUCUUGGUUUGGGACCCAGAGGAGUUUGAUGGAAUCAAAGAGAUCUCACUGUCAUCUGAUGCCAUCUGGAUACCUGAUGUUAUCGUCAGUGAAACUGUGGACGAGGGGAAGUCCACUCCAAUCCCAUAUGUGUACGUCAACUCGUCUGGCUCAGUGAAAAACUACCGUCCCAUGCAGGUGGUGGUUGCCUGCAGCCUGGAGAUGUACGCUUUUCCAUUUGAUAAGCAGAACUGCAGCCUUACCUUCCGCAGCUGGCUUCACUCAGUGAAGGAAAUAGACCUGGCUCUGUGGAGGAGCGCCGAGGCCAUUGCUAAUGAUAAGAGGGAGUUCAUGAAUGAUGGAGAAUGGGAACUGUUGUCUAUUCCCUCCCGCUACUGGCAAAUCCACCAAGACAACACUGACUAUGCCCACAUCCAGUUCAAUGUGUUGAUCCGCCGGCGCCCCCUGCUGUAUGUGGUGGGUCUCCUCAUCCCCAGCAUCUUCCUCAUGCUGGUAGAUGUGAUUAGCUUCUACCUGCCUCUGAACAGCGGCACACGCAUUGCCUUUAAGAUCAGCAUUCUGCUGGGCUACACUGUCUUCAGAGUCAACAUGACGGAUGAGCUGCCUUCUACCGCAGUCAGUACUCCACUCAUAGGUGUGUUCUUCGCGGUUUGCAUGGCCCUCCUGAUGCUUAGCCUGAUCAAGUCCAUACUGGUGGUAAAGCUGCUUCACCACAGUGAGAAGGAAGUCAGGCAAAUGUCAGUGUCUGCCUGCCUGCUGGACAAGUAUGGCUCAGCUGGUCACGACUUCACUGAGAGCGCUUUAACCUCCACCAAAACCCUUGACUACAUCAACCCAUCCGGUGAUUAUGAGCUUGAGGCCUCAUUGGAGGAGGAUCUGCUGUCCCUGAAUGAGAUCCAGGAUACUCCAUCUGGGCUGGAGUGGCUUCUCCAGGAGAUGGCUUCCCUCCGCCUGGCCUUAUCCCAGGAGGACACAGAGUCUUCGGCUCAGGCUGAAUGGCUGGCCCUCUGCUCAAGGCUCGACUGCUUCCUGUUCCGCUUUUACCUGUUUGUUCUGGUCUUGUAUACUAGUACUCUGCUGCUGCUCUGGGCCAGCUGGAGCUUCGCCUGACCACAUAAUCAGAGAUAUGCUUUUUUUAAAUACUGUAACUGAGGGUUUAAUUAUAUUUACAGUGAUUUGGGAUGAAUAAGUUAAAUCAGUUGAGAAAUGAUGCAAAGGGAAGAAAGCAGAAUGCAUAUUGUAGACAGAACAAUGU